CUGGACUCAUUAUGUAAACUCACCCACUGUUCAAACAUGCUGCUGCAGUGAACCUCCCCCUCUUGUGCACAGACACACUGUGGCACGCAGGUGGACAGCAGAGAGACGGUCUACCUGGACAUGGAUCACCUGGUACUGCUGCUGCUGCUGUGGAGCUCAGGACUCCAGGCUGAAGGACAACACACCUCAACAGAGCCUGAUGAUGUCAGGUUGGUGGGAGGAGCCAGUCGCUGUGCAGGAACACUGGAGCUAAAACAUCAGGGAGACUGGAGACCAGUGAGUUCCUUGGACUGGACCCUGAAGGCAGCAGCUGUUGUCUGUAGAGAGCUGGACUGUGGCUCUGCUGUUUCUGUAGGAGAGAGAAAGGAGUCCUCAGACAGACCUGUGUGGGAGAUCAGGUCUGACUGUGUUCAGUCUGGAUCUGCUCUGAGGGAGUGUGUAACAUCAUGUCUCUCUUCCUCCAUCUUGGAUGUCACCUGCUCAGACUCUGUCAGGCUGCUGGACGGGACUAGUCUGUGCUCAGGCAGACUGGAGGUGAAGUCUAACCAGAGGUGGUCCUCAGUGUGUGAAGCUGACUUUGACCAGCAGGAUGCAGAGGUGGUCUGUAGGGAGCUUGGCUGUGGGGCUCCUUCAGUCCUCCAGGGGGCGCUCUAUGGAGAAGUGGAGGCUCCGAUGUGGACCAAAGAGUUCCAGUGUGGAGGCCAUGAGUCUGCUCUCCUGGACUGUAGAAGCUCAGGCUCAGCUAGAAACACCUGCUCACCUGGAAAAGCUGUUGGACUCACCUGCUCAGAGCCUGUCAGGUUGGUGGGAGGAGCCAGUCCCUGUUCAGGAACACUGGAGGUGAAACAGGGAGACUGGAGACCAGUGAGAGAGUCUUUCUGGACCCUGAAGACAGCAGCUGUUGUCUGUAGAGAUCUGGACUGUGGCUCUGCUGUUUCUGUGGGACAGAGAAAGGAAUCCUCAGUCAGACCUGUGUGGUGGAUCAGGUCUGACUGUGUUCAGUCUGGAUCUGCUCUGAGGGAGUGUGUAACAUCAACUUCCUCUUCCUUCAUCCUGGAUCUCACCUGCUCAGACUCUGUCAGGCUGGUGAACGGGACUAGUCUGUGCUCAGGCAGACUGGAGGUGAAGUCUAACCAGUCUAACCAGUCUAACCAGAGGUGGUCCUCAGUGUGUGAAGCUGACUUUGACCAGCAGGAUGCAGAGGUGGUCUGUAGGGAGCUCGGCUGUGGGGCUCCUUCAGUCCUCCAGGGGGCGCUCUAUGGAGAAGUGGAGGCUCCGAUGUGGACCAAAGAGUUCCAGUGUGGAGGCCAUGAGUCUGCUCUCCUGGACUGUAGAAGCUCAGGCUCAGCUAGAAACACCUGCUCACCUGGAAAAGCUGUUGGACUCACCUGCUCAGAGCCUGUCAGGUUGGUGGGAGGAGCCAGUCGCUGUGCAGGAACACUGGAGCUGAAACAUCAGGGAGACUGGAGACCAGUGAGUUACAUUGACUGGACCCUGAAGGAAGCAGCUGUUGUCUGUAGACAACUGGACUGUGGCUCUGCUGUUUCUGUAGGAGAGAGAGAGGAGUCCUCACGCAGACCUCAGUGGUGGAUCAGGUCAGACUGUGUUCAGUCUGGAUCUGCUCUGAGGGAGUGUGCAUCAUCAUCUUUGUAUUCGUCCAUCCUGUAUCUCACCUGCUCAGACUCUGUCAGGCUGCUGGACGGGACUAGUCUGUGCUCAGGGAGACUGGAGGUGAAGUCUAACCAGUCUAACCAGUCUAACCAGAGGUGGUCCUCAGUGUGUGAAGCUGACUUUGACCAGCAGGAUGCAGAGGUGGUCUGUAGGGAGCUCGGCUGUGGGGCUCCUUCAGUCCUCCAGGGGGCGCUCUAUGGAGAAGUGGAGGCUCCGAUGUGGACCAAAGAGUUCCAGUGUGGAGGCCAUGAGUCUGCUCUCCUGGACUGUAGAAGCUCAGGCUCAGCUAGAAACACCUGCUCACCUGGAAAAGCUGUUGGACUCACCUGCUCAGAGCCUGAUGAUGUCAGGUUGGUGGGAGGAGCCAGUCGCUGUGCAGGAACACUGGAGCUGAAACAUCAGGGAGACUGGAGACCAGUGAGUUACUUUGACUCUGACUGGACCCUGAAGACAGCAGGUGUUGUCUGUAGAGAUCUGGACUGUGGCUCUGCUGUUUCUGUAGGAAAGAGAAAGGAGUCCUCAGACAGACCUGUGUGGUCAAUCAACUCUGACUGUGUUCAGUCUGGAUCUGCUCUGAGGGAGUGUUCAGAAUCAUUUUCCUUUUCCUCCAUUCUGGAUCUCACCUGCACAGACUCUGUCAGGCUGCUGGACGGGACUAGUCUGUGCUCAGGCAGACUGGAGGUGAAGUCUAACCAGUCUAACCAGUCUAACCAGAGGUGGUCCUCAGUGUGUGAAGCUGACUUUGACCAGCAGGAUGCAGAGGUGGUCUGUAGGGAGCUUGGCUGUGGGGCUCCUUCAGUCCUCCAGGGGGCGCUCUAUGGAGAAGUGGAGGCUCCAAUGUGGACCAAAGAGUUCCAGUGUGGAGGCCAUGAGUCUGCUCUCCUGGACUGUAGAAGCUCAGGCUCAGCUAGAAACACCUGCUCACCUGGAAAAGCUGUUGGACUCACCUGCUCAGAGCCUGAUAAUGUCAGGUUGGUGGGAGGAGCCAGUCGCUGUGCAGGAACACUGGAGCUGAAACAUCAGAGAGACUGGAGACCAGUGAGAUACUCUGACUGGACCCAGAAGGCAGCAGAUGUUGCCUGUAGAAAGCUGGACUGUGGCUCUGCUGUUUCUGUAGAAGAGAGAGAGGAGUCCUCAGUCAGACCUGUGUGGUGGAUCAGGUCUGACUGUGUUCAGUCUGGAUCGGCUCUGAGGGAGUGUGUAAGAUCAUUUUCCUCUUCCUCCAUCCUGGAUCUCACCUGCUCAGACCUGCUGCUUCAGCCCAACAUCUCUGUGUCCUCCUUCAGGGUCAGGGUCUCCGAGGCCCACCAGCAGGGCUUUCAGGUGUCCAGGGGCUCCACCUUAAACAUCAGCUGCUCCAUCCAGCCACAGUACCCAGGAGGCUCCUUCCAGCUCGCCUUCACCUCCUCCAACGCAUCACAGAUCUACACCCAGCGAGCUGUCAAUCACUCUGCCCACUUCCUGUUUCUUGCCGCAGAGCCCGCCCACCAAGGAAACUACAGCUGUGUUUAUCACGUCCAUGUUUUUUCUCAUGACUUCUCCUCUGAGAGCCGUCGGCUGUCUCUCACUGUCUCAGACUCUGUCAGGCUGCUGGACGGGACUAGUCUGUGCUCAGGCAGACUGGAGGUGAAGUCUAACCAGAGGUGGUCCUCAGUGUGUGAAGCUGACUUUGACCAGCAGGAUGCAGAGGUGGUCUGUAGGGAGCUUGGCUGUGGGGCUCCUUCAGUCCUCCAGGGGGCGCUCUAUGGAGAAGUGGAGGCUCCAAUGUGGACCAAAGAGUUCCAGUGUGGAGGCCAUGAGUCUGCUCUCCUGGACUGUAGAAGCUCAGGCUCAGCUAGAAACACCUGCUCACCUGGAAAAGCUGUUGGACUCACCUGCUCAGAGCCUGAUGAUGUCAGGUUGGUGGGAGGAGCCAGUCGCUGUGCAGGAACACUGGAGCUGAAACAUCAGGGAGACUGGAGACCAAUGAGAUACUCUGACUGGACCCUGAAGGAAGCAGCUGUUGUCUGUAGAGAUCUGGGCUGUGGGUCUGCUGUUUCUGUAGGAGAGAGAAAGGAGUCCUCAGUCAGACCUGUGUGGUGGAUCAGUUCUGACUGUGUUCAGUCUGGAUCUGCUCUGAGGGAGUGUGCUACAUCAUUUUCCUCUUCCUCCAUCCUGGAUCUCACCUGCUCAGACUCUGUCAGGCUGCUGGACGGGACUAGUCUGUGCUCAGGCAGACUGGAGGUGAAGUCUAACCAGAGGUGGUCCUCAGUGUGUGAAGCUGACUUUGACCAGCAGGAUGCAGAGGUGGUCUGUAGGGAGCUCGGCUGUGGGGCUCCUUCAGUCCUCCAGGGGGCGCUCUAUGGAGAAGUGGAGGCUCCGAUGUGGACCAAAGAGUUCCAGUGUGGAGGCCAUGAGUCUGCUCUCCUGGACUGUAGAAGCUCAGGCUCAGCUAGAAACACCUGCUCACCUGGAAAAGCUGUUGGACUCACCUGCUCAGAGCCUGAUGAUGUCAGGUUGGUGGGAGGAGCCAGUCGCUGUGCAGGAACACUGGAGCUGAAACAUCAGGGAGACUGGAGACCAGUGAUGGACUCUGUCUGGACCCUGAAGAAAGCAGAUGUUGUCUGUAGAGAUCUGGACUGUGGCUCUGCUGUUUCUGUAGGAGAGAGAAAGGAGUCCUCAGACAGACCUGUGUGGUGGAUCAGGUCUGACUGUGGUCAGUCUGGAUCUGCUCUGAGGGAGUGUGUAGAAUCAGGUUCCUCUUCCUCCAUCCUGGAUGUCACCUGCUCAGACUCUGUCAGGCUGGUGAACGGGACUAGUCUGUGCUCAGGCAGACUGGAGGUGAAGUCUAACCAGUCUAACCAGUCUAACCAGAGGUGGUCCUCAGUGUGUGAAGCUGACUUUGACCAGCAGGAUGCAGAGGUGGUCUGUAGGGAGCUUGGCUGUGGGGCUCCUUCAGUCCUCCAGGGGGCGCUCUAUGGAGAAGUGGAGGCUCCGAUGUGGACCAAAGAGUUCCAGUGUGGAGGCCAUGAGUCUGCUCUCCUGGACUGUAGAAGCUCAGGCUCAGCUAGAAACACCUGCUCACCUGGAAAAGCUGUUGGACUCACCUGCUCAGAGGCUGAUGAUGUCAGGUUGGUGGGAGGAGCCAGUCGCUGUGCAGGAACACUGGAGCUGAAACAGGGAGACUGGAGACCAAUGAGAUACUCUGUCUCUUUCUGGACCCUGAAGGAAGCAGCUGUUGUCUGUAGAGAUCUGGACUGUGGCUCUGCUGUUUCUGUAGGAGAGAGAAAGGAGUCCUCAGUCAGACCUGUGUGGUGGAUCAGGUCUGACUGUGUUCAGUCUGGAUCUGCUCUGAGGGAGUGUGUAGAAUCAACUUCCUCUUCCUUCAUCCUGGAUCUCACCUGCUCAGACUCUGUCAGGCUGCUGGACGGGACUAGUCUGUGCUCAGGCAGACUGGAGGUGAAGUCUAACCAGUCUAACCAGUCUAACCAGAGGUGGUCCUCAGUGUGUGAAGCUGACUUUGACCAGCAGGAUGCAGAGGUGGUCUGUAGGGAGCUCGGCUGUGGGGCUCCUUCAGGUCUCCAGGGGGUGCUCUAUGGAGAAGUGGAGGCUCCGAUGUGGACCAAAGAGUUCCAGUGUGGAGGCCAUGAGUCUGCUCUCCUGGACUGUAGAAGCUCAGGCUCAGCUAGAAACACCUGCUCACCUGGAAAAGCUGUUGGACUCACCUGCUCAGAGCCUGAUGAUGUCAGGUUGGUGGGAGGAGCCAGUCGCUGUGCAGGAACACUGGAGUUGAAACAUCAGGGAGUCUGGAGACCAGUGAUUAACUCUGCCUCUAUCUGGACCCGGAAGGAAGCAGCUGUUGUCUGUAGAAAGCUGGACUGUGGCUCUGCUGUUUCUGUAGGAGAGAGAAAGGAGUCCUCAGACAGACCUGUGUGGCGGAUCAGGUCUGACUGUGUUCAGUCUGAAUCUUCUCUGAGGGAGUGUGUAAAAUCAGAUUACUUUUCCUUCAUCCUGGAUCUCACGUGCUCAGACAUCUCUGUGUCCUCCUCCGUGGACGGGGUCUCCGAGGCCCAGCAGCAGGGCUUUCAGGUGUCCAGGGGCUCCACCUUCAACAUCAGCUGCUCCAUCCAGCCACAGUACCCAGGAGGCUCCUUCCAGCUCGCCUUCACCUCCUCCAAUGCAUCACACAACUACACCCAGCCAGCUGUCAAUCACUCUGCCCACUUCCUGUUUCCUGCUGCAGAGCCCGCCCACCAAGGAAGCUACAUCUGUGUUUAUCACUUCCAUGUCUUUUCUCAUGACUUCUCCUCUGAGAGCCGUCGGCUGUCUCUCACUGUCUCAGAUUGCGCCGCACCAAGUGAUUCUGACUCGACUGCAGGGGGUGGGGCUUCAGACUCUGUCAGGCCGAAGAACGGGACUAGUAUGUCUAACUCAGACUCUGUCAGGCCAAAGAACGAGACUAGUCUGUCUAACUCAGACUCUGUCAGGCCGAAGAACGAGACUAGUCUGUCUAAUUCAGACUCUGUCAGGCCGAAGAACGAGACUAGUCUGUCUAACUCAGGCUCUGUCAGGCCGAAGAACGAGACUAGUCUGUCUAACUCAGACUCUGUCAGGCCGAAGAACGAGACUAGUCUGUCUAAUUCAGACUCUGUCAGGCCGAAGAACGAGACUAGUCUGUCUAAUUCAGAUCCAACAGUUCAUCUCAUCAUAGUACUCGUCAGGCCGCUGACUCUGCAGUUGGUGUUGCUGUUCGUGUUGGUGUGGAUGUUGAUGACUGCUGCCCUUUGUUUCUACUAUAAGGCCUGCAGGGGGCAGAAGCUGGGCAGUCAGGAGAACAUUGUGCUGGAUCAGUAUACCCAGCGUGUUUCUGCAGCUGACUGAGGAGGAAGGAGCUCAGGGAGCAGAGUAGGACCUCCAAGGAGCUCAUCUCAGCUGCCACACAACCCACCAUCAGCUCAGACAAGGAUUUUACACUUUUAUACUGAUGUUCCCUUUAAACAAUCCAUCUGGAAUUAUUAGAUUAUAUUAGAAUCUCUAUUUUUAUUACUCUCAACAUGAAAAGAGCAAAACCAACAGCAUGUUAGUCUUUUCAGACUUCCUGUCUGUGGCUCUCAGCUCCAAGCCCAUUGGUUCCUACUGAAGACGUCAAUCUUUAAAAAGUCCUCACAAAUAUAUAGUUUCAUUUUAAAACUGAGUAUCGGGGUCCAAACACCCGGCACAAUUCAGAACCAAAGCCACGCCGACCCAGGAGGAUCUGGAAGUCCUUCUGGAACCAUGUUGGCCGAGUCCUGUUAGAUAUUAAAUUAAAAUAAAAGUGAAGCGUUGGCGCAGAUCCUCUGAAUUUUGUUUCACAACACUCGAUGUGCAAAUCACAUUUGGUGACUCGUGAACAACUGAAUCCUGAGACCAGAGAAGAAACAUGUCCAAGAGCCUCCUGCUGCUGAUCUGGAGAUCUGGAGGCAUCGAGGGCCGGAGACACUAAUUUGAGAAAAAUACAGAAACACAGAGAUCAGAGUCAUUUAGCGAGCAGACAAAGUACAACAUUAAAAAUAAUUUUCAUCUCGUUAGUGAGAUAUAAACUUUAAGACUUUUACCGCCCCCUUGUUGCUGACAUGGGUCAUUUUCUGUUGAGCGACAGAUCUCCUCCUCCAUGACGUUUUGUUCCUUCGAUGGCAGCAGGAGCACAUUUAGCUCAAGUCUGACUAAAAGCUGAAUUAUACAAAUCAGAGCAAAACUAAUUUUUGUAAUUCAUUUUGUGUAUUUCAUUUCAUUUUGCUUAACUUGGUAACAAAAGAAUUUACUUCACUUUUUAGCUUAUUUGAUAAUCAUAUCGAAUCAUUUAGUAAUUAAUCAGUUAAAGACAGUAUGAGGGCACUUUUAUGAUAAAAUGAAGUCGGUGUCCAGGUGGA